AUGGCGUAUGCAAAUGUGUUUCUGAGAGUCAUCAAUUCUGUCGAUUACCGGCGUCUUAAAUUAUUCGAUGAAAGUGGUUUUGCUGUGCCAGAUUUGUGUAAUCCACGAUACGGCCGCGCGCCUUGUGGCGAACGUGCUAUUGAGGUUAACAAACAGAGAGGCUCGCGAAAUGUGACAUUAAACCUGAUGAUUGGUGCAGAUGGUGUUGCAUAUUUUAACCUCUUGGACGGACCUAGCAAUAUGGAUACGUUUACUGAGUUUUUCUUGCAAACUACAAAUGCAACAAACAACAAAGGGGAUUUUGUAUUGAAACCCGGUGACAUUGUAAUACUUGAUAAUUGUCCUAUUCACCACAGGCACGCAGGACGUAUUGUUAGCAACCUUCUAAAUACCAUGCACGUGGAAUAUGUAUUUCUGCCAACAUACUCUCCUCAUCUGAAUCCUGCAGAAUUGUGCUUUCAGCACAUUAAGACGGUGUUUAAAAGUGACAGUGUCGCGAGAAAUCUUGCAAAAGAUAAUUUGCAUUUUUCAAUUUCACACGUAGUUAACAGAGCAUUUCUGCACAGAAUUGCAGUGAUUAUUUCAGACACGUACAAUACAUCAACACUUAAAGUGAUUAAAGUAUUGUAG